AUGCACUCAGGAACUGAAAGCUAUUAUUUCUCUCAUGAGUUACAUAUGAAUCUGUACUCCUUGACUACUCUUUUCCUCUUACCGGCCUUUUUGUACGCCGGACCUUCCUGUCCAGCCGGAUUCUCUAUGCUCAACCAAAAUAAAUGUAUAAAAGUGUACACAUCCAGUGCAAAACGUUCGGAUGCAACAACUCAAUGCACUUCUCUAGGCGGGACACUGGUCACUAUCAAGAAUGCUAUCGACAAUCGUGCAAUUUCCACAAUAGCCGCCAGUGCAGGUCUUCAAAAUAUUUGGAUCGGAAUCUAUUGUUAUAACUUUCACAAUGUCACAUGCUACCACGAUGAUAGCACAGGAGUCAUAUCUUACAAUAGUUUUCGUCCUGGUUACCCAAAAGAAGCUUAUGAUAUUGGUCAAAGCGUAUACAUGCAAACGAAUGGUGCGGAAUGGCAUACUGGUUACAGGGAUCAGAUGAGUCUCCCAUUCCUGUGCGAACUUCCGACUACGGUUGCCGACCCCAACUGCACUCACAACUACAACGGUUACUGCUACCUACCAUCCCAUGAAAUCCCUGGAAUUGAUUCCAGUACCACUUACUCAAAAGCGCAAGCCAUUUGCAAUGCAAACUCUGCCAAUCUCGCUUCAAUUCACUCCAAACAAGAAGUCGAUUAUAUCAAAAGUAUCUACACGAAUCCAAAUGAAAUUUCCCAAAUAACUCUGGGAGCUGAGGCUAGUCAAUUGCAUGUUUUCAACUGGGUGGAUGGGUCGUAUUUCGACUAUAAUUAUUUCGAUCCACUGGUGAAUUCCACUGGAAACUGCUUGCAAAUGGACUUAUCCUAUCGAUAUGACAGAGGUCUUUGGUCGGAGAUCAGUUGUCAAUCAGUCAAUAACUUCUUGUGUAAGAGGAAAAUUGGAGCCACGAAACAAAUUAAGGAACUCUCACAACAUACCAAUCAUUUUGACCUCUCGGACCCCUCUAACUGCAACACUACUCUUCUGAUGGCUCCUGGAGUUUUCACUUCAUUUGGAUACGGUACUUCCCCACUACCUAACACCUACUGUUACUGGAGACUAGCCUCCGUUGGGGCCUAUAAAGUUGGAAUUUACUUCACAGACUUCUCGGUUUGGUUCAACAUGAACAUUGAGGACCAGUACGGAGAAACAAUCGCUAGGUCCACUGGCAACCUCCAACCGUUUUCUGUAUUAGCUUCGACUACUAUUGCAACUGUGACGCAUCUUCAAACUGAUGAUACACCGAGUUAUAAUCGACACGGAUUCCGGGCUGUUGUUUUGCCGUAUUGA